AUGUAUAACGUGAAAAAUUGUUUUGGUUUUGAAGAAGAAGAUGCUAAUAUAUCGCUUUGGAAUAACUCAUCAGUUUUAAGUAGUACAUUAGCACCCAUUGAAUUUCAAGCAGAUAAGCCUUAUAGACUUGCAUUAUAUAUUAAACCAACACAUAAAAAUGUUAAUUCAACAAAAAAAAAUAAAAGUGGAAGAAAAGUAAACGUAAUGCUUUUUGAUGAAAAUGUUGUGCCGCCAAAUGAUAAAAAGACUGAAGAAACAUCACCCAAAAAAAUCAAAAAUGAUAUUACCAGUUUCCUUAAAAAUUCUAAUACUUCAAAAAAAAAUGUUUUAACUGAAUUAAAUAGUAAACCAGUUGCAAAAUCAAAACAGUAUAAAGUAAGAAAAUCUUAUGAAAGAAAAUGCAAAGGAACAAAUUGUGAUGUUAUCGCUGAGAAAGCUUCAGAUGAAAUUAUUAAAGAGUUGGAAAUUAAGAAAUUGUCAAAAACAAAAUUAAAAAAGUCAAAUAAAGAAGAUCAAGAAUUUGAAAAGUGGGCUAGUGAUAUUAAUUCAGAUUUUAAUGAUGUUGAUAAAUUUGAACUGUCUAUUGCUUAUGACUAA